AUGUCAUCACGAAGGAAUCGGAUGGGAGCAGGAGAUGAAGAGGAAAAUAUGGUCAGGGAACUGAGUGAAGAGCAAAAGAUGGAGAUCAAGGAAGCUUUUGAACUUUUCGAUACUGAUAAAGAUGGCGCGAUUGAUUAUCACGAACUGAAGGUCGCAAUGAGGGCAUUAGGAUUCGAUUUAAAGAAGCCUGAAGUACUGAAGAUUCUAAGAGAUCAUGAUAAACAGGGUCAAGGAUUGAUCGAAUUUGUUGAAUUCGAUAAAGUUAUGACAGAAAAGAUUCAAGCACGAGAUCCAAGAGAAGAAAUUCUAAGAGCUUUUAAAUUAUUUGAUACGGAUAAUAAAGGUAAAAUCUCAUUACGAGAUUUGCGGAAAAUAUCAAAAGAAUUAGGAGAAAAUCUAGAUGAAGAAGAACUUGCAGCAAUGAUUGAAGAAUUUGAUCUUGAUCAAGAUGGUGAAAUUAAUGAACAAGAGUUUUUUGCUAUCAUGUCAGAUGAACUUUGA